UCACUUUACCUCCCCUUCGUUCUCUCUCUCUCUCUCGCUUUCGCUCUCCGCUCUCGCCUCUCGCGCGGCAGCAAAAACCUCAUCUCUCCUCUCUCGCACUUCUCCAGAGCUCCUACCUCUUUCCCCUUUCUGUCGCAUUCCGCCAAUCCUUUCUCCUCCCUCCAAAUUUUCCAAAACGCCUCUCCGCACUCCUUCCUGCUUCCCGCCAAUAAGAGCUUCUACUGACCAAAACCCAAAGCCCAAAGAGAACCGCCGAGAGAGAGAUGGCGAAGGACGAGGAGGAGUUCCGGGGGGAGGUGGAGGAGAGGCUGAUCAACGAGGAGUACAAGAUAUGGAAGAAGAACACCCCCUUCCUUUACGACCUGGUCAUCACCCACGCCCUUGAGUGGCCCUCCCUCACCGUCCAAUGGCUGUCGGACAGGGAGGAGCCCGCCGGCAAGGACUACUCCGUCCAGAAGAUGGUGCUUGGCACCCACACCUCCGACGGCGAGCCCAACUACCUGAUGCUUGCCCAGGUCCAGCUCCCCCUCGAGGACUCUGAGGCCGACGCCCGCCAGUACGACGACGAGCGCGGCGAGAACGGAGGGUUCGGAUGCGCCAGUGGGAAGGUGCAAAUUAUUCAGCAGAUAAAUCAUGAUGGGGAGGUUAAUCGUGCUCGCUAUAUGCCUCAAAACCAGUUCAUUAUUGCGACGAAAACAGUUAGUGCAGAGGUCUAUGUUUUUGACUACAGCAAGCAUCCAUCAAAGCCUCCUCUUGAUGGUGUAUGCAAUCCUGAGUUGAGGUUAAGGGGUCACAGUUCUGAAGGAUAUGGCUUAUCUUGGAGCAUAUUUAAGCAAGGGUUUCUACUAAGUGGUUCUGAUGAUGCUCAAAUAUGCUUGUGGGACAUCAAUGCAACUCCUAAAAAUAAGGCCCUUGAUUGUCUACAGAUUUUUAAGUUCCAUGAAGAUGUUGUUGAAGAUGUUGCUUGGCAUCUAAGGCAUGAGUAUCUGUUUGGAUCCGUUGGUGAUGAUCGCCAUCUACACAUAUGGGACCUGCGUACACCCUCAGCUACCAAGCCAAGCCAGUCUGUUGUUGCUCAUAAAGGUGAAGUUAACUGCUUAGCAUUCAACCCCUUUAAUGAGUGGGUGGUAGCAACUGGAUCAACUGAUAAAACUGUUAAAUUAUUUGACCUUCGCAAGAUAAAUACUGCAUUGCAUACCCUUGAUUGCCACAAAGAGGAAGUUUUCCAAGUUGGUUGGAACCCGAAGAAUGAGACUAUAUUAGCAUCUUGCUGCCUUGGUAGGAGGCUUAUGGUGUGGGAUCUUAGCAGCAUUUUUUUUAACAGGAUUGAUGAGGAACAAACACCAGAAGAUGCAGAGGAUGGCCCACCUGAGCUUCUCUUCAUUCAUGGUGGGCACACGAGCAAAAUAUCUGAUUUCUCAUGGAACCCACGCGACGAAUGGGUCAUUGCCAGUGUAGCUGAAGAUAACAUCCUUCAGAUUUGGCAGAUGGCGGAGAACAUCUACCAUGAUGAAGAUGAUUUGCCUGGUGACAAAACCAACUAAAGCCUCUUGCAUUCAAGAUGAGUUUACGCAGCCUGGAUGUGUUCUAAUCUUGUGAAAUAAAAAAGGUUGUGAAGAUGGUGAAUGAGAUCUGGUUUUUGCCUUCCAUGUUUUGGCUCCCUAGUCAAAUGACAUACUGACUACACGAAGCUUCUAUCCUCUAUUAACUUAUGAUGUGUAUGUUUUGAGCCAUGUUUAUUUCCAGUUGGUGAUGACGACCUUUCUUUGUCUUGAAUGCUUAUUUAUGUUGAAGCUAAAUGCAAUUAUCUCUCGCUUUGUCAUUGU